AUGAAGUCACCAACCCAAUUUUUCUUUAUUCAAAAGCAUAUACUUCUAAAGUUGCUUAUAUUCAUACUCUUCAUUUGUUCAAACAAUAGAAGUAACAUAUGUUGUAAUCAUCAUUUUGCAAACCCUUCAAGUCUAUCAUUGAAACAACUAAAACUUGAAGGGUACCUUAGUUUUGAAAAACUAAAUCAUGCAGCUAAAGACUUUGGCAAUAGAUGUCAUUUCCUUCCAUUAGCAAUUUUGUAUCCAAAAUCAGUUCUUGAUAUAUCAUCCACCUUAAAACAUGUCUUCGAAAUCCGUACUAGAAUAGACUUAACUGUUGCUGCUAGAGGCAAUGGACACUCUUUAGAAGGCCAAGCUCAAGCUUAUCAAGGACUAGUUAUUAAUAUGAAAUCACUUCAAGAACUAGAAAUGAAGUUCAAGAUUAAUGAGGAAUUGUCUUAUGUUGAUGUUUCUGCUGGAGAGCUUUGGAUAAAUGUUCUGCAUGAAAGUCUUAAACUUGGGCUUGCACCUAAAUCUUGGACUGAUUAUCUUCACCUCACUGUUGGUGGUACUUUGUCUAAUGCUGGAAUCAGUGGACAAGCUUUUAAGCACGGACCGCAGAUCAAUAACGUCUACCAACUCGAGGUUGUCACUGGUAAAGGAGAGGUGAUUACUUGUUCAGAGGAGCAGAAUGCAGACUUGUUCCAUGGUGUACUAGGAGGAUUAGGGCAGUUUGGUAUUAUAACUAAGGCAAGAAUUGCUCUUGAAACAGCACCAAAGCAGGUCAAGUGGAUCAGAGUAUUGUAUUCAGAUUUUGCUGCAUUUUCGAAUGAUCAAGAGGACUUGAUAUCAUCUCAGAGUACAUUUGACUAUAUCGAAGGAUUCGUCAUUAUAAACAGCACUGGAUUAUUGAAUAACUGGAGGUCUACUUUCAAUCCUAAAGAUCCACUUCAAGCUAGUAAUUUUAGUUCAGAAGGCAGAGUUUUAUUCUGUUUAGAAGUUGCGAAAUACUUCAAUCCAGAGGACACAUAUAGUACUGAUCAGGACAUUGAUAUACUCUUAUCAAAGUUGAGUUAUAUCCGAUCAACGUUGUUUCUAUCAGAAGUCUCCUACGUUGAGUUCCUCGAUAGAGUUCAUGUCUCCGAGAUGAAGCUACAAGAGAAGGGGUUAUGGGAUGUUCCUCAUCCAUGGCUAAAUCUUCUAAUACCAAAAAGCAGGAUUCUUGAAUUUGCUCAAGAAGUUUUCGGAAAGAUUCUUACUGAUACAAGCAAUGGUCCUCUACUCAUCUACCCUGUCAACAAAUCAAAGUGGAGAAAAGGAACAUCAAUGGUUACACCUGAUGAAGAUGUUUUCUACCUCAUCGCGUUCCUGUCAUCUGCUAUGCCUUUUUCAACAGGAAAAGAUGGACUAGAACACAUCAUAGAUCAAAACAACAGAAUACUGAGUUUUUGUGAAAAAACGCGUAUUGGAAUGAAACAAUAUUUGCCAAAUCACAAGACUCAGGAAGAGUGGAAGCAUCAUUUUGGUCCUCAUUGGGAUACAUUUGCUAGGAGGAAAUCUACAUAUGACCCUUUGGCUAUACUUGCUCCAGGACAGAGGAUUUUCAGAAGGACGGCAGACUGUGAACAUGAAUGA